AGAAGAAGAUGGCCGUGGUCGGCCGUGGUAAAGAACCCGGAAGUUUAUGAUUGAUUUAAAGCGCAGAAGAAGAAGCUCCACGUGAGAAACAAAAUGACGUCCGGAGGAAAAAUCAACAGACCGAAGACCGAACUCGGUCGGAACCUCUUCAAGCGGCGGCGGGUUCUGGGUCGAGAGAAGAAGAAGAAGCGUCAGAUCGUCGGCGCCGUGGUCGACUCGGGUUUGAUCACCAUCCAUCACCUGAAGAAGAGGAACUCCAGUCCGAGGGCGAACAUCACUCUGUCGGGGAAGAAGAAGCGGAAGCUGCUCAAACAGCUGAUGCACAUGCAGCAGGAGAAGGCCUCCAUGGAAGUGGAAGCAGCAGCUCCACCACAGAAGAAGAAGCCCGACUCGUCCUCAGCUCCGACACAGAAGAACAAGAAGAAGAACAAGAAGAAGAAUGCUGCGGCUGAGGGAGGUCAGGAGGACGUGGAGAUGUGCGAUACUGAGUGAGGACUUGUUGAUGUGGGACAGUCGGGACGAGGUCGACCAUGAAGUCAUGUGAUUGAGUCUCUGGACAAACGAGUGAAAAUGUUUCUGAAGAGGUUCGAGUCCCACGAGGACAGAAACGUACGGAAGCUCAUUCCCGAUAAGAAGUCGUAUUCAGGUUGAAACUCGUCAGAGCGUCGACGCUGCUCCUGACUAACGAUCCAGAUUCUUUAACCGUGACCUCUUCAUCACGCCACUGAUCACAUGACCUCAUGUAAUGUAAACAAUUGUUUAUCACUUUCAACUUUGUUUCCCUCAUUUGUGUAGAUCUGUUGAAAAUGUGUUUUACUGACGAACCUUGAACCUGUGAUUCGUCUCAAUGUUCACACUCGUGAUAUUUUACAUAAUGAGCUGAACCAUUAUUCCAUGUUCAGAGCUUCAGUGACGAGCUGAUGAACCUGAGCUUCAGAAGCUGCUCUGCUCUUCUGGAGAUUCAAGGUCUCACAAAAUGCAGCUUCUAUGUUUAUCUGUUCUUUAACUGUCGGACACCGUUUCAAAAUAAAAGCUCUCGGGUGUUUCUGUU